CGGCAAAUCUCGCUCGCUUAGUUGAUGACUAGCAAGUAUUUCUCUGAAUGUACAUAUAUGUGUGUAGCAGUCAUAAACACAAUCUGUCAUAUUAAAUCACAUGCCACAUUUCGCAUAAAGUUUCCAUUACAUAAACAAGCGCAAACAAACAGACGCACAUACAUAUGUAGAUAUUUUUACUCACAUGCGUAUGCGUAACGUUUCCAUUCAUAGUUCUUAGAACACAGCUGUUAUGACACACAUGCACAUGCACAAUGCAUGUGUGUGUGUGUGAGUGUGAGUGCGUGGGUAUUUCAUAAUUUGAAUUUUGGCAUUUGAACAAACUGCCGCGCUCCCCGCAUGCGUGUCACACCGCUCACCUUUUGUCAGCAGCCGCCAAUGAGCGACACACGGAAACGGAAAAGCUUUUCACACGAUCAAUUGCAAAUGCAAUUGCAAUUUUUGGCUCUUCUAAUUUUCGAAAUUGCAGUAUUUGUGCAACCAUUGUGUGAUUUAGUUGUUAAGUGCAACAGAUUCAUUGAUCGCAGCAAGCAGCAAGUGAUAAAAACUCACAAGCAGCUCAGCAUAGAAGGAGUAGAAAGCUCUCUCUCUUUCUCUCUCGUUGACAUUCUCUUCUAAAGAAGUUGCAAAGCGUCAGCAUGGUGGCUCCAUUGCUGUGGCAACAGUGCAAGACACUCGUCACCCGCUAUCCCAUUGUGCGUGGCAUGAUAUCAUAUAGCCUGAUCUGGCCAACUGGCAGCCUGAUACAGCAAACCUUUGAGGGCAAAAAUUGGGGCAACUACGACUGGUGGCGUGUCUUGCGUUUCAGCAUGUACGGCGGCUUGUUUGUGGCGCCCACUCUAUAUGGCUGGGUUAAGAUCUCUAGCGCCAUGUGGCCGCAGACAUCGUUGCGCACUGGCAUUGUAAAGGCGGCCGUUGAGACCAUUUCGUAUACGCCGGCUGCCAUGACUUGCUUCUACUUCAUCAUGAGUCUGCUCGAGUCCAAGACAGUGCGAGAGGCGGUGGCCGAAGUUGGCAAAAAGGUCAUUCCCACCUACAAGGUUGCUCUAUGUGUCUGGCCCCUGGUGGCCACCAUCAACUUCUCCCUCAUCCCAGAGCGCAAUCGCGUCCCGUUUAUUAGCGUGUGCAGCCUCUGUUGGACGUGUUUUCUUGCCUAUAUGAAGCACUUGGAGCACCACGAGGUGGACCAAGUGCUUUAA